UUCUAUUAUUUUGUUUUGAAAUUCCCCAUAAAACUACUCAAUUAUCGUGAAAUAGGUCAAAAGUACAAUUUUGGUAAAUUAUCGAGUAACAACACACAAAUUAAAACCAAUUUUUUGCAUUGUACCAAAUAUUUACGUCCGGUGACACUUCACGCAACUUGCUUACAAAAAUAACCUUUAAACAGUUUACAAUUCGCCAUGAUUUGGUCUACAUUGUCUCUAUUUGUCUUUAUUUCCCUCAACGAAGCCCAAAUUUACUCACAAUCAGGUUUCUGUAAAACGGCUACUGGAUGUAAAAAAAUCGUGACUCCGAACAGCACCCCAAGCCCCAUUGUGCAAACAAAUCGACCAACCACUAUUCCUUUUCCGGUACCAACCAUUCCGACACAAACCCCCCCAACUCGCGUCAGCGCCGCCACUACAAAAUGUGAAGAGUACAAACACCGGAUCAAAAAACGCGCCUCUGUUGUAACCUACAUUUUUGGUGGUAGCGCCUCUCAAAGCCGGGAAUUCCCCCACAUGGCGGCCUUGGGUUACGGCCAACCAAUUGAAUGGCUCUGCGGUGGGAGUUUAAUCAGUGAACGUUAUGUUUUGACAGCCGCUCAUUGCCUAGCAACAUCAAAUUUGGGUGAAUUAGUCAAGGUUAGACUCGGUGACCUUGACCUUCAAAGUGUGGCAGAUGACGCCCAAGCCCAGGAUUACACAGUGUCUCAAAAAAUCAUACACCCGAAUUACCACGCGCCGGCGCAAUACGACGAUAUAGCUUUAAUCAAAUUGGACAAGGAUGUCCAAUUUAGCCCUUCUAUAGCCCCCAUUUGUUUGGAAACCCUGACAAACUUGCCCAAUUACAAUUUCAUUGCGACAGGAUGGGGCAAGACCGAAGUCGAGGGUCCCCAGAGCGAUAUUUUGAUGAAAGUCGACUUGGAGUAUUUUUCAAAUCAAAUUUGCCGCCAAAAUUACGCCAACGUUGCCAGUGAAUACCUGUCAAAGGGGAUCGACGACAAGAGCCAGAUAUGUGCAGGGAGUCGCACCACCGAGAAAGACACGUGUCAGGGCGAUUCGGGGGGUCCCCUUCAAAUCCGAAUUGACGUCCUAUAUUUAGUCGGGAUCACGUCCUUUGGAAAGAUUUGUGGUAUCCCAAACAGUCCUGGGGUCUACACCAGAGUCUCAUAUUACGUACCUUGGAUCGAAAAAAUCGUUUGGCCUCAAUAAUAAAACUAUA